CAAACUAUUUCUUUCCUCUCCAAACCAGCCAAACAAGGAGAGAGAAUGGCUUUCCAAAUCAAUCCUUACAACGAAUAUCCAAUUCCACCAACCUCGGCCACUCCUCCUCCUCCUCGUAGAUGGUGGUCACGACCAAUAGUGACUGUGCCGCCAACGCAUGGUCGUAAAGCCACUUGUAUGGAAACUACGGUUUGCGUUACACCUUGCUUUGGCGCAAUAUUCACCAUCAUCGCCGUAUGGGUAUAUAUCUUUAACAUCGUCGACAAUGCUCAUUGCGACGCCAAAUUCGCCAUCCAAUCCAUCGCCGUCUCUCCAUCCUCCGCCACAUGGCACGUUGAUUUUCUCGUCAAAAACCCUAGCCCUAGGUUUGCUAUCUACUACGAAGGCGAUGAAACUGACGUGAGUGUCGGUCCCUUAAGCGCUGCCGUUUUAAAUACUUCUCACGUUCGUAAGUCUCCAAGUCACACGGCUUUCUCAGUGGAUUUCCUUGCGGAGGGUAAUCCAAGUGAUGCCGUUUCCGAACAAUUAGAUAUCAAAUUAAGGGCUAAGCAUAAGAGUUACGGAGACGACUAUGAUAACGCUGGACAUAUUGAUAUAAGUUGUCGUAAUCUAACUCGAAGCCAUGAGAACGUUGAGAAGAUUCAAUGUCUUACCAAACUUGGCACAAGACAAAGUUGUUACGUAGAGCUUUUUGCCAAUUCCGUCUCCGUCUCAAAUGCAAACGCAAACGCAAACGUUUCAGCCGCUGAUUGGACGAUCGGUUUCGUUGCGAGGAGUCCAGUCACCGGCUGUGAAGUCUCUUUUCAUACACUCAAUUCGCGUUUACUCCGAGGCACCGAAGUUAUCUCCAAAUCAUCGUCUCCGUCCUCGGGUUAUUUCGUGACCGGAGACAAAACAGAAGCCGUUUUCGAGAAGGUGGUUAUGCCGAAAGUUAUUGGCGACGUGAUUUGGGAUUCUCGAGUUGAGAUUAUGUUUGCGAUGAAUACAAAUGCUAGAUAUUUAAAUGGAUUUUUGAUGGCGGCUUGUCCUGCUAUUCCGGUGAAAUUUACGACGGAUCAGGCGGGGAAGGUCAUGGGAUCGUUGCUUGGAAAUGUGAAACGGUGUGAUUAUAUAUUCCAGAAACAUUUGGAUUCUCUCCGAUCUUGAAUUCAUGAUUUCUAUUACGAGAGUUGUUGGCUUAGGUUAUUUAUUUCGUUUUAUGUUUUUUUUUUUUUUUUUCCUCAAAAUGAACGAUUAUAUUAUAU